AUGGAUUCUAAAGAAGAGGUCGAGUCUAGAGGUGGAGCUGCCACAGGGACUGAACUUUGCUGCUGCCUCUCCCCUCCCGACUCUUUUAUACCCAGUCACGUCUCUCUUCAAACACGGAACUUGUUCUACACUUCGCAGUAUCGAGGGGAGCUGGACCGUCCCGAGUCAAGCAACCCAUCAAACGAGAUGAAUGCAACUUUCGGUGGAAGAUUUCGUUUUCAGGGACCAUCCCCACAAAAGUUGCCUGGCACCCCACAAAAACUCGACGAGAUCAUAUACGUGGAAGUCGCGCCGUAUCCGGCCCUGAACCUGUAUUAUGCGGAGCUGUCGAAAGAACCAUUAGCCUUUACGAAUGACCUAAUGAUGGGUUCUGUGCAUACCACGCCGUAUAUGAGACAGUUAGAAACACGAGACGUUUUCCUUUUUGUGAUGCUUGACGACGAAAAGAUCGGCCGAGCUGAGAGAUUUCCAGUGGCGGCAAUAGUCGAGUCGUCGGCUGACAAGCGG